AAUAUUAACUUUAUAAAUGCUUUGGCAAAACAUUUGUGAUGCCAAUAAAGCAUUUAUUGAAUUGAAUAUUUAGUGAUUCCAGGGUUUAGGACGGAACUGGAAACCCCAUCAUCUCCCUCCUUUUAUUUCUCAGAUAAACAAGAGGUCACAUUUCCCACUGUACACCUGCUAAUGAGCGAAUGACAGCACUGAUCAUCCACUUACAGCGGAUUAUCUCCAGUGAUCUCUCACACCAUUAGAGCACAGAUCGAUUCCUCACAGGACGGAAUGAAAUGGCCCUUGAAGCAAAGAACAUUAGACCAUGUCAAAGCCCCCAUGAGAGAGAGAGAGAGAGAGAGAGAGAGAGAGAGAGAGAGAGAGAGAGAGAGAGAGAGAGAGAGAGAGAGAGCGCGCAUAUCAUGUCUUGUCAGAAGAUUUAAUCCAUGAAUAAUAAAAUAAUUUGUAAAAGAAAGAAAAUGCACUAUAAAUUAUAACUUUUAAUAAUUAUUGCAAUAUUUUGAUAAAUAGAUAGGUGGUUUAAACACCAAUAAGCUAAAAAAAAUUGUUAUCUUAAGAUAUAGAGAAUGAACAAGACAUUGUUUUAUUUGUCAUUUGAAUGUAGAUCAUAGACUCUAAAAGCAUCUUUUGUUUUUAAUUUUCUUCUAAAUCAGGUCUACAACUUUCUAGGAUUUAUGCCAGUUUGUUUCCCAAAUCUGUACAUAUGCAAAACACAAAAUAUGCGCAAAUAAAUGACAAUUAACAUAAACAUUAUGAGCAUUUUCGUGUUUAUUGUCACUUGCUGCUCUGGCACGCGCACGUGAACUGCCGGUUGCUAGGAGACACUGAGCGGUGUUUCUCUGUUUGAGUUCCUAAGGUAAAAAAAAAAAAUCUGCAGUUUUCCGCCUCAACUUUGUUUAUUUUCGUGGAUUUUCAUCCGAAAAUACAACAAUCAUAAGGAUAUCAAUCAUAUGAAUCACCUCUGUGAAUCCAGUCUGAACAGAAGACUUGUUUCUUACCUUUGCCAGACCUUCCAAAUGAGCCGGGGUCAGAGCACAAGCCCAAACAUUUCCUCCAUAGACAAAUCACUGAACACAAUGGCUCUUCCAAAACCUAAAGCCAGGCAUGGGAUUGUCAGAAAGCCUGUGAUAGCCUCUCUUGCAGGGACCACCAAAGCAGUAUCCUUGUCCCAAAGGCCGCAACCUCCUGCUAAGCCCAGAUCAGAGUGGCCCUUAUCAGCAGGGGGAUCUUACAAACUUCGCACACUUGCUCUGCAGGUCUCAGGUGAGGAGACGAAAACCCCCAGCACUGACCAGUGCACUUUCUUUAAAGGACAAAACCAACUGGACUCUAGUGAAACAUCAGAUCAUGUGAAUUUAACACAGAAUGGCCAGAGGACUGAAAUAUACUGGGAGCCUUAUAAGCAUCAAUCUCUUUCCCAGAACAGCAGCCCCCAACGUGUCAAAUCCUCCUCUGAGCUCCUGGAGGAAGCUACUCUUAUUGCUGGACUGAAGCAGCCAGAAGAGAGUGACCAGCAGAGGGCACCAAAGGAGAAGUUGGCAGAUACAUUAGUGAUGGAAAGUGGGCAUGAAGAGGGUGGCAACUUUGGUGCCACAUUUCCUGACCAGGCAUCUGUGUAUUCUUGUGGAAUAGAGGUUGGGCACAGCUGCAGUUCUGAUGAUGAGGGCCCAAGUCAAAGGGGCACCUCAUUACCACAUACCCCAACAGCAAUGUGUCGUCCACCUGUGCCAUCCGGUCUGUACAAAAUGACUGAGUCAGAAAAGGAUGUCUCUGAUGACGGAGGACUCGAUGAUCUUUUAUCCCAGGUAACCCAUGAAGAUAUAAUAAUGGCUCGUGGAUGUAGCUUGACUGCAGUUCAAAGAGCAGAAAGAAAAACCAUUCAAGGCCUUUCGCUGCUGGCAACCUGGACACCAAAAAAGGAUUCAAAAGGAUAUAAAACAAUCCACCAUUUGUGCACCACUCCUGCCAGUCAAGUUGUGCCUGUGGAACUACAACUAGCCUCUCGAAUCUGCCACACUCGCAACCUGAUCACCGCAACAGCUCAGUUUAACCAGCAGAGGACAGCACAUGGACAUAUUUCUCAACCACACAUACAGAGGCUGGUAUCUGAAGGUGUUUCUGUUCAAUCUACUGAGCUUUCAGCACAGACUGACUGUGUUUCCCACAUGCCUAAACAGACGUCAGAUACACUAGAGGACUGGCAGAGAAUCGCAGAAUAUUACGUGGAGAGGCCGAGGAUUAAGAUGUGUGGACGUGCUGCAACACUGUGUGCCAGUGAGCUCAGAAUGUUCUGGAACCCUGCUCCUCCGAAAUUCAUCUGCGCCCCCUCUGUUAUGAAAGACACACUUUUCUCCAAAUACCAGAAAACCCGAGCAGACAUGUGCAAAGAAAAUCUGUUGGAAGAGCUGCACAAUGUGGUGGAGGAUUCGGUUAACCAUGUGAUGAACACAGAACAGAAGGAUACUUCUGAGGAAAAUGUCUCGCCUAUUAAGUGUAACUCCGUGGCAGACUUCAGAACAGCAGCCUCACUGACUCCCUCAGGAAUCAUCUCAGCAAAGCAGGCCAGACGGCCUCACUCUGCCCCGCACUUAACCCCAGAUCUUGAGCCCCGUCUUCGGCUGCAGUCUGAUUUCACCAGCCUUUCCCAGGAGCCGGAGCAUGUGCGAUGGCAGCAGAACACAAUCUGUGCAGCUCUGGCUGGAGUUUUUCCAUCCAACGCCAAACAGGCAAAGCCCCAGGAGGUUCACACAGAGCCCAAAUUAUCAGAGCAGCCCAGCCAGACCCUAAACCACAGGAAGAACCCACACAAAGGCAAAGACAGGGCAAGGGUGUCCUGUUCUAAACGCAGAGCCACGAAAAAAAUAAAAACUCUCAGCUCUGUUAACAUGGCCUAUGUUUUGAAAAAACUAAGAGAGCCACCAAGGACACUAACAAGGAGCAAGUCUCUGUGUCAGUUACCAUGGGAGCACAAAACAUCCAAAGGGCGAUUUUCACACCUCAGUCUGCCAGUGCUACUAGAUUUUGAGAGUUUUGUGACAGAUCAUGGUGGAAUACCAGACACCACACCACCCAGAGAGUGGGUCAGAAACAUAUGGGACACGUGGUUCGAUGAGGUCUUCCCCCCACUGGAAAAUAUCCAGAGUUCAGACCCUCUCCCAGCUGCUCUGGAGGAGAACCAGCUUUCACAGGAUGAGGACAAACUGGAUAUGUGUGAGGUUGUGGAUGAAGGUCUCAGUACAGCUGAUUUGGAGCACGAGGUGGCCAAGUUGACCCAAGCAUUGACUGAAGGUGGAAAUCGUAAUGCUUUCGACCGGUGUCGACGUGGAGCACUUUACAUAAAACUUGGUUAUCUUGAACAGGCCCUUGAGGAUCUCAGUGCAGCCAUCUCCCUGGAGCCCCAUUUACUGGAUGCCUACUGGCACAGACACAGCAUCUACCUGCUGAGAAACGACCCCGUUAGAGCUUUGGACGAUCUAAACGUCAUCGUUACGAACAACAAGAAGCAUGCAGACGCCUUCAUGUCUAGAGCAGAAAUCUACAAACAAAGAGGGGAAACCACAUUGGCUCUAUUCAGCUACACCCAAGCCAUCAAAGUCAAGCCAGAUGAUGCAGAAAUCUACUUUAAGAGGGCAAAGAUGUAUGACAAGAUGGGCGAGAUUCUGCUGGCCAUGGAAGACUAUGCCAAAACCUUCACCAUUGACCCUACAAGGACAGAUGCAAUGAUGCUCCAUGGAAUGCAUCACUUUAACAGCUCCAAAUGGACGGUGUCUCUUGAAGACUUUUCAUUACUGCUAAAACAAGAACCUGAUAAUGCUAUAGCCAGGACAUACAGAGGGAGAAUCUAUUCCAAGCUGGGUCAUUUUGAGAAGUCUGUCGAGGACCUUUCUCUGGCUGUGCACUUGAAUCCUGCUGAUUGGUUGGCUUUUUACCAUAGAGGCUGUCUGCUGAGGGAGAUAAUGCCUCAUUUGGCCUUAAGAGAUUUCAGCACAUCUGUUCUCAUCAAUGACAGUGCAGAAAACUGGCGUGCGUUCCUGCACCGCGGUAUGGUCUAUGUGACGCUCCAGCACUGGCAGCAGGCUAUAGCUGACUUUGAAGCCGUGAUCAAACUUGACAGAUCUGCUGCUGUUGCUCAUGUCAAUUUGGGAAUGAUCUGUAUGUUGAAGAUGGACAGACAUUAUGAAGCCAUCAGAAGGUUUAAUAAUGCGCUGAAAGCAGAUCCCACCUAUGUUAAAGCCUACGUAUGCCGGGCCAGAGCCUUUUAUAAUGUGAAUAAUCUGAGCAAAGCGGUGAAAGAUUUGACUCGAGCCAUACACUUAAAACCAGAUGCUUAUGAUCUGUACAUCAUGAGAGGGAAGUUUUUCUAUGAAAUGAAAUGUUUUGACCUGGCUGCCCUCUGCAUUCAGUAUGCAGCAGAAAUGAAAACAGCUCUGGGUUUAUCAGCAGUCCAGCAAGCUGUUAUCCAGUCGUUCCUGGGGAAUGAUGCCAAUGCCAUCGUCUGUCUGGAGCAAGCGGUCGAUACACAGCCUUCUCCUCCACACCUCAUUCUUCUCGGGAGGACGCUGAUGAAGGAACACAGGUUUACAGAAGCAGUGGAAACUUUUAAGAAGGCCUUGUCAUUUCUGGGUAGCACUAAAGCUAAACUCAGUCCUGCAAAAGAAACUGCAGAGGUCUUCUAUUUAAUCGGUGUAUGCUACGUGACGCAAAGGCUUUUGUUUCAGGAGAGUGGAGAUUCUCUUCUCCUUCAGGCUUUGGAUGCUUUUAACAGCACUGUGAGCUUAAACCCAGACCAUGCCGAGGCUCACCAUCAGCGAGGCCUUUGUCGCAUUCAUUUACAAGACUCCACAGGCGUGCAAGACUUUAAUAGAGCUCUCAAAAUCAACCCCAAGUUCUAUCAGGUGCAUCUAAGCCGAGCUGCCCUUUAUGGGGCUGAAGGACGACAUGCAAAGGCCAUACUCGACUGUAAUGAGGCUAUCAGGAUCCAGCCGAAGAGCCUCAGAGCACACUUGUAUAAAGGGGCUCUUAAAUUCUAUUUGAAAGCAUACAAGAGUGCAGUGGAGGAUCUAACAAUGGCAGUCCAAAUCGAUCCUGCAUGUUCAUUCGCUUACUACAACCGUGGCAUAUGUUUUCAGGAACUGCAACAUUAUGAGAUGGCUCUCAGAGACUACAGCGUGACGCUGCUCUUGGGCUGUAAGACAGAGCUUGAACUGAAAGUCUUGAUAAAUCGUGGCCUGCUCUAUGUGGAGCUAAAUGACUACAGCAGUGCCCUUCAGGAUUUAAAGGCUGCGGCACAGAAGCGGCCAGCAGAUGUACUAAUUUACCAUGCACUUGGAGUUAUUCACCACAGGCUCGGCCAGUUGCAGGAAGCUGUGGAUGCUUACAGUGAAGCUGCAAGACUUGAUCCCUUCUUGCAAGAUUGUCUUGUGGGUAGAGGCAACGUUUUCAUGGAUUAUGGGCACAAUCAGGCCAGGAAAAAAGCCCAGAGGGACUUCCUCUCAGCCCUCCAUCUCAAUCCACUCUGCUUGAGUGCCCGCAUUAGCCUGGCAUACAAUUUACAGGUUUUGGGAUUCUUCCAGAGAGCCUGGAAUCAGUUCACGGUGGCUGUAGAGGUGAACCCUAAAUGCUGGGCUGCGUAUCAAGGCAGAGCUGCCACCAGUCUACAGAUGGGAAACAAGUUUGCAGCCCUGCAGGACAUAAACACUGCUAUAGAGUACAACCCUUUCACAGAGCAGCUCUUCACAAACCGAGGUCUGAUCCAACAAUUAAGGGGGGAUAAAUCUAGUGCCAUGAAGGACUACCAAACCGCUAUCAGCCUCAACCCAGCAUAUGCCCUUGCUUAUUUCAAUGCUGCCAACCUCUUCUUUUACAAUGGACAGUUUGAGCAGGCAUGUGAAUACUACAGCCGAGCUUUUGAGCUGGACCCCUCAGAUGAGUCUGCCAUCCUGAACCGAGCCAUCACUCAUGCUCUGCUGCGAAAGGUUCCAGAAUCCCUGCAGGAUUUCAAUGAGGCUCUGUGUCUCAACCCGCUGUCUGCACAUGCCUACUUUAACAGAGCCAACCUGCACUGCUCUCUAAGACAGUUUCAAUCAGCUGAGAGGGACCUUACACAAGCUCUGGUGCUGGAGCCUGGAGAUGCUCUGCUGUAUAAACUAAGGGCUGAUGUUCGGGGUUGUUUAGGGUGGAUGGAGGAGGCAAUGGAGGACUACAGGACUGCGCUGAAGCUUCAGGACUCUUAAUGGUGCUGCUUUUGCUAAAAAUGAUAUUAUCGCUUUUUAGAUUAUUAAAAGGAGCUACAGCAA